UUAGAAAUCGUCCGCGCGAUGACACACGUAAUAAAUCAAGGCAUGGCCAUGUACUGGGGAACGUCGCGCUGGAGCGCUAUGGAGAUCAUGGAAGCCUACUCUGUCGCCAGGCAGUUUAACAUGAUCCCCCCCGUGUGUGAACAAGCUGAAUAUCACCUUUUCCAAAGAGAGAAAGUGGAGGUUCAGCUGCCGGAAUUAUAUCACAAAAUCGGGGUCGGAGCAAUGACGUGGUCUCCACUAGCCUGUGGGAUCAUCUCAGGGAAAUACGGCAACGGGGUCCCUGAAAGCUCAAGGGCUGCACUAAAGUGCUACCAGUGGCUGAAAGAGAAAAUCGUAAGCGAGGAAGGCAGGAAGCAGCAGGUGAAGCUGAAGGACCUGUCGCCCAUCGCCGAGCGCCUGGGGUGCACCCUGCCUCAGCUGGCCGUCGCAUGGUGCUUGAGAAACGAGGGGGUGAGCUCUGUCCUUCUGGGAUCUUCCAACCCCGAGCAGCUGAUCGAGAACCUUGGAGCCAUACAGGUCCUUCCAAAGAUGACAUCCCAUAUUGUAAACGAAAUAGAUAAUAUUCUGGGAAAUAAGCCCUACAGCAAGAAGGACUACAGAUCAUAAUGCAAUGCAUGAAUUCCCUGGACCGCAUGGUUUCCAGAGUGCUCUGUGCAGAAGUACAGCCCCGAAUUAAUAUCCGGUCAGGCGAGUCAUUCAGCAGCUUGCUGCUCGGUGUCUGCUGGCACUGGAUCCUUCGAGACGCGUGCUGUCGCUACCAACCUGCAGUGAAAUGUAAAAGCACAGUUGAUCUCUCCUCUGACCGAGAAUAAUCUUGUAUUUUCUUACCUUCGACUGAAUUCAUUGAUUUUUGACUUUACCCUUAGCACCUCAUGCUUGUGCUGUGAAAAAAAAAACACGUGUAAAGCAAAAAAA